GUGCUAUCCCGUGACGAGAUAGAUCCGGAGACUCUCGUUCCACAGUGGGAUAGCAAAGGCACUGUGGUCCUCAAGAAGGCUACCUCCAAAGAGGAGAUGCCGGCUAAUCCGGAGCAGUUGCGGCUACGGCUUGCGGUGAUGCACAAUGCUCUCCUUAUGAUAAGGCUACAUCACCCUAGCCGGAUAGAGCUCAAGGUUACGACCCAGCAGCUAUUCGAGAAGCGCAAAGAUUGUGUUCGCGGAGAUUACUGCUACGGGCUAACAUCCCACGAGGCCGCAGCCCUGGAGACCGGAUAUUCCCCAUCGCCAGAUAGCCAGGAUAGCAAGCUUUCUUUCAAGGGGCGAGACGGCAAGGGCCAGAAGGGAGACGUUCGGCGAACCGCUUGCUACAGAUUUGCCGCUAAGAACGGCUGCAAGAAAGGGGCUAAAUGCCACUUCAAGCAUGUCUGCACGAAGUGCCUGGGAGAUCACUCGGCUACCAAGUGCACCCAGAAGGAGCUCGGCUACGGGCUCUCCGUCUUUUUGCCGGCAAGGGUAGCAAAACUCAAGAGGCUAGCCGCAACCUUCAUGAAGGAGAUCCAGGAUAUGCCAGAGAUAUCUGGGUUGAUCCAGGAAGGCUAUUUCGACAUGAUUUUCCUGUCGCCUUGCGCUACCUUCUCCCGCGCGGCGUGGGCGAACUUUUCUAGUCCACGAGGGAAAGCGAAGUUCAUGGCUUUCGAACGCCCGCAAGACCUCGGGGCGAUGCCAGCCGGGCCAUACCGUGGAUAUCGACCGGUUAGUUACUAUGUGGCAGUGGCCGGACCACCAAAACUAGUGGACCUUCGGUCCGUCGAGCUCCACGUGGAUAACCUGGGGGCUAGCACGAUGAAGCCGACGCGUAUCAAUGGCUGCUAUCUGGGGCCGCUGCCACCAACGCAGCCUACGGCUAGGCCAGUUUCACAAGCCCUGGCUAGACCAGUGGCCGACGCUUGGCCAUCGAAGCUCUGCGAGUGGCUAGCACAGCUCGCGCUGGCUGGUGGCGCUGCUGCUGCUGCGACAGUCUCUUCGGAUAAGGGAGGGGUGGUGCAACCGAAACCCUCCCUGGGCUAUGUGAUCAACUCGAGGGCGAGAGAGUGCGAGAGGGAACGGGACCACCGAGCAAGUGCUACCAGCUUGAUGGGGCGAAGGACAUCCGUGAUGGCGUCAGGCCAUGCUCCCCAGGCCGCUGGCCGAGAUCCAGGCGAGGAUAUGCAGACGAUCCUUCCCGGGAAAUGGCUAAGAGAAAAGCUUCGCGAUAAUAUAUUGGCUAACGUGGACUCUGAGGAAGAGCUAGAACAAGAAGCUUUCCGCAUGGCGAAGGACGGCGAGAAGGGCUGGAACCUGGUGAGAGAUGGCGCUCUGCAGGAGGACAUCCUUGAGCUACCGAAGACGUGGAUAGAAGGACAGGAUAAGAGCGAAGCGGGGAUGCUGGAGAUACCUCCGCGCAAGCCGCUACGACUGCUGGCCCCGGAUAGAGAGUUUCUUCGGCGAGCGGAGGACGGGCUAUUUCUGGGGAUACUGGAGGGGCUACCGAG